AUGGACUCUGAGAUGGUAGUGCAUGAAGGUGGGUGCCAUUGCAAGAAAGUAAGAUGGCGAGUGCAAGCGCCUACCGGGGUUGUGGCUUGGAGUUGCAACUGUUCGAAUUGCUCUAUGAGGGGCAACACUCAUUUUAUUGUCCCUGCUGACAGAUUUGAGCUUUUGGGUGAUUCUGAACAGUUUCUUACUACUUACAGCUUCGGUACUCAUACAGCAAAGCAUAAGUUUUGUAAGGUUUGUGGGAUAACUUCAUUUUAUUAUCCACGCUCCAACCCCGAUGGCGUUUCCAUCACAUUUACGUGUGUUGAUCCUGGAACACUAACUCAUAUUGAGGUUAAGUAUUAUGAUGGGAAAAAUUGGGAAACCUCACACAAUCAAACAGGAAUUGCUUCUCAGUCGAAGGGUUGA